AUGCAGAUCCCAGCAAUCUCGGGAAUAACCUCCAACGCAGCACAAGACUCGAGCUUCCAGGCGCUCCUGGACCAGCACCGCCCCGAUCUGAAACCGUACGAAGACCUCUAUCGUCAUCUUCACGCCCACCCCGAACUCUCUGGCCAGGAAGAAGAGACAGCCGCGACCGUCGCACGGCACCUCAAGGACCUCGGAUUCGAGGUUCAUACGCAUAUUGGAGGCUACGGUGUAGCCGGUGUUCUACGCAAUGGAGAUGGCCCGACGGUGCUCCUGAGAGCUGAUAUGGACGCGCUGCCGGUCGAGGAGAAAACCGGGCUCCCCUACGCCAGCAAAAAGACGGUCAAGGACAAGGGUGGCGCCUCCAUCCCUGUCAUGCAUGCAUGCGGUCACGACACCCACGUCGUCAGUCUCAUGGCCUCGUCUCAAUUCCUAAACGCUACCCGCGACCAGUGGUCCGGUACGCUCAUCUGCAUCUUCCAGCCCGCGGAGGAGCAGCUAAGCGGCGCGAGAGCCAUGAUCGAGGACGGCUUGUACGAGAAGAUCCCCAAGCCGGACGUGGUGCUGGCCCAGCACGUCAUGCGCAUGCGGACGGGGACCGUCAGCAUCCGCUCCGGCCGCCUGCUUACGGCGGCGGAUGCCUUCGAUGUCCGCGUCUACGGACAGGGCGGACACGGCUCGGCGCCACAGACCACCGUCGAUCCGAUUGUGCUCGGUGCGUCGAUCGUGACCCGGCUGCAGACCGUCGUCAGUCGCGAGGUCAUGCCCGGCGAGAUGGCGGUCGUCAGCUGCGGCAGUAUCCACGCCGGUCACGCCUCGAACAUCAUCCCCGACUACCUGGACAUGCAGCUGAGUGUGCGGACGUACGAUGCGGCCACACGCGAACGCGUGGUGUCGUCCAUCAAGCGGAUUAUCGAGGCCGAGUGCCAUGCCUCGGGAUCCCCGCAGAAGCCAGACGUCAAAUGCACGUUCUCUACGCCCGCCACAAUCAAUGACGAGGUUACCGCUAAAGCCCUGCAGAAGACUUUCGGGGCGUACUUCGAGGACAACCUCGUCGAGAGCGAGCCGGCGUCUGCCAGCGAGGACUUUUCGCUUCUUGCGACGGCGGUUGGUGCGCCGUAUGUGAUGUGGACUUUUGGUGGAGUUGACCCCAAAACCUGGGAGGAUGCUGUCGCCAAUGGAACGGUCAACCAGCUGCCGAAUAACCACUCGCCGUUCUUUGCGCCGGUGAUGCAGCCGACGCUGUUGACAGCGGUGGAUGCGAUGUCGGUCGGUGCGCUGACCUUUCUCAAGCGGAAGUGA